UGCAUCCUUCCCCCUCCUAGGUACCAGUCAGACCUCCCAGGCCCUGCUGGCGGAAGAGAUGGAGCAGCGUCACAAGCGCCCGGCCCCUUAAAACGCUGCCGACUGGCGCCGCUUCCCUCCCUGCAUCCCGAGGUGGGCAUGGAGUAAAGGGAGAUCUGUCGACCUUCCUGCGAGGAUCAGCGAUGGAGUUAAAGCAAUCUUUGUCCACCCAUCUGGAAGCUGAGAAACCACUGAGGCGCUAUGGGGCGGUGGAGGAGACGGCGUGGAAAGCGGAGGGUCUGGGGAGAAAUCAGCUGGACAUCAUCUCCAUGGCCGAGACAACCAUGAUGCCCGAGGAGAUCGAGCUUGAGAUGGUGAAAAUCCAGCGUCUGCGUGAAGUCCUGGUCCGGCGGGAGUCGGAGCUCAGGUUCAUGAUGGAUGACAUCCAGCUCUGCAAGGACAUCAUGGACCUGAAGCAGGAGCUGCAGAACUUGGUGGCCAUCCCAGAAAAAGAAAAAACCAAACUGCAGAAGCAGAGAGAGGAUGAGCUAAUUCAGAAGAUCCACAAACUGGUGCAGAAGCGAGAUUUCCUGGUGGAUGACGCGGAGGUCGAGCGGUUAAGGGAACAAGAAGAAGACAAGGAAAUGGCCGAUUUCCUGAGAAUCAAGUUAAAACCUCUAGACAAAGUAACCAAAUCUCCAGCCAGCUCCCGGGCAGAGAAGAAAGCAGAGCCCCCACCUAGCAAGCCCACAGUGGCCAAGACGGGGUUGGCACUCAUCAAGGAUUGCUGUGGGACCACCCAGUGCAACAUCAUGUAGCUCCCACGGGGGGUGCCCCCGGGGCCACGGAGACCCCAUCCCACCCUGUUGUCUUCAUAGCCCCCAUUUCACCGGGGCCCAAGAGCUCUCCAAGGCAGAAGGGGUUGAAGGCAAGCCCGUGACUGCCGCCAGGGGCCUGGGCUCGGCGGGCAGGCCCAGCCGCCCUGUACAGAGUAGCAAUAGGGAGUCCUCACCGUCGCAUGGCCCUCCCCAGAGCAUGCUGAACCCAGGAGUCUGUCUUACCGUUUAUCCAACCACCAGGAAAGGUCCUCCUUCGAAAAAGUAUAUCUCCACGUAUCUAGCUGUACCCACCCUGCCGUGUGAAUGGACUGGGAGAGGGGCGUGAUCCCCCAGUGCGUACU